AUGAUGAUGUCUAUACGACAUACACCACUCACAAUCAGAGCCAGUUUUCUGCGAAAUAAUCUCAUUUUCACACGGUUAAGAAGUAGUUCUUCUGAACGACCUAAGCAUCCUUCAUCUUCCUCUUCUUCAUCUUCUUCUUCAUCUGCUUCUUCAUCUGCUUCUUCAUCUGCUUCAUCUAGAACAGUUUCAUCAGACACAUUCAGCCUAAACACAAAUAAAGUGCUUGCAUCCAUUAAUCACUAUAAUCAGGCCAAAAACAACAACAUCCUAUCAUCAGUCGAUCUUGUACUGGCGCAUCCUUCGACUCCCACCUUGGCACCUUUCCAACCAAUACAUCCAUCACCAACACCUUCACUACUCCGAUGUAUUUUAUUCGACAAACAGGGAAGAUACAGGAUCAUGUCUACCGAUGCGCAGAAAACCCAGUUAUUGCUAAAGCACGACCUAUUACCUCGAGAUUUGCGGAAGAUUGAUAAGGGAUAUGAUGAUAUUGUGCCCUUGAUUGUUAUCAGGGAGAAAAGCAUUUUAUUAAGUAUCUUACAUGUUAAAGCGUUGAUUAAAUCUGAUUCUGUUGUUUUGUUCAAUUAUGAUGGCACGAAUUCAGAUAACAAACUGAUUGAAAACAUGUCUGAGAAGCUAAGGAACUCCCAAGGUGACAAUCUAGACUAUGAAAUUAGGGCGCUGGAGACCAUAUUUGCUGAAGUUGUGGAUAAUUUGACGGUUGAAUCACAGAUACAUGUUACUGUAGUUAAUGGAAUUUUGAAAGAAUUGGAGAACGAUAUUGAUUUAGCAAAACUAAAGUAUUUGUUGAUCGUAUCGAAGAAGCUAACGCAAUUUUUACAGAAAGCCACUUUGAUUAGAGACUUGAUUGACGAAAUGCUUGACCAAGAUGACGACAUGAAUGAGCUAUAUUUGACUGAGAAAAAGCACGGUACUCAGCGAUCGAAGGAUGACCACCAAGAAGUUGAACUAAUAUUGGAGACGUAUUCGUUACAUUGUGAUGCAAUUGUUCAAACCAUAGAAUCAAGAGUCAAUGAUGUCCGAACCACAGAGGAGAUUAUCAAUAUUGUUCUUGAUUCCAAUAGAAAUGACUUGAUGCUUUUGAAUUUAAAUUUGAGUUUGACGAUAAUGUGUUUGGCCAGUAUGUUGUUUGUUGCUGCUUGUUAUGGUAUGAACUUAGAGAAUUUCAUUGAGGAAAAAGACGAUUGGUUCUGGAUUGUUGUCUUUGGAUCUACGUUGAUUGGAGUAGUGAUGUUGCGUUCGGCAAACAAGAAAUUAGGUAGACUUCAGAAGAUACAACUUACAAAUAGAUGA